ACCGCCCCGAGUGGGGAGCUAAUGAAAUGCGCCGAAUUCCCAUCUAUCACCGCCCUCGCCGGCAGAAGUUCUGACCGACCACGUUCCCCUCGAUGCCCCACCAGUCAGUUCCAGCCAUCCACCUUUCAGACCGCCUUUGUGGCAGAAAAGUGGCCGUCUUCCGCAGAUAGCAACAGGCCGAGCUGGUGACGCAACACCCCGAUUGUCACGCAACUACAGCCAUGAGUAAGUUUGGCACGCUGGUGAUGGGCCCAGCCGGCGCAGGCAAAUCCACCUUCUGUACCGGCCUCAUCCAGCACCUUCAGAACAAUAAGCGCCCAUGCUUCUACGUGAACCUCGAUCCUGCGGCCGAAGACUUCGCCUUUGAACCGGACCUCGACAUCAAGGAUUUGAUCAGUCUAGAAGAUGUCAUGGAAGAGAUGAGCCUCGGCCCCAACGGCGGUCUCAUCUACUGCUUCGAGUUCUUGAUGGAGAACCUUGAUUUCCUGACGGACCCUCUUGAAGAAGUCACUGAAGAUUACCUGAUCGUAUUCGACAUGCCCGGACAGAUCGAACUCUAUACCCACGUACCGAUUCUGCCCGGCCUCGUCAAAACCCUUAUGAACGGCAGCCUGAACAUUCGCAUGUGCGCCGCAUACCUCCUCGAAGCUACCUUCGUUGUCGAUCGACCCAAGUUCUUCUCUGGCACACUAUCAGCCAUGAGUGCUAUGCUUAUGCUUGAGAUGCCACACAUCAACAUCCUGAGCAAGAUGGACCUCGUCAAGGGUCAGGUAGCAAAGCGCGAGCUGAAGCGCUUUGUGCAGGUUGAUGCGGACCUAAUUGAGGACGACCCGUCGCGCAGGACGACAGAUGAAGAAGACAACAGGAAGUACAGGGACCCCGCGACAACGGAGAGCUUGAUGAGCGGCUCAGCAUUCCAUAAGUUGAACAAGGCUGUUGCGCAGCUGAUUGACGACUUCAGCAUGGUAUCAUACCUGAAGCUGGAUGUGCAGGACGAGGACAGUCUAGGUGCCGUGUUGAGCUACAUCGAUGACGCGAUCCAAUUCCAUGAGGCGCAAGAACCUAAAGAGCCUAAGGAGGCUGACAUGGAAGAGUAAAAUGAAAAUUCUGGAAAGCAUUUACAAAUCAGGCGUUUCGGCACGACACAAUUGGGAGCAUUAGACGGCGCGCUGGU